CAUGUCCGGCCGGAGUUGGGCUUCUGUCCUAUAUCCUGCGUCGUGUUGGUGGGUUGUGGCUGCCCCAGAUCCGACAUCAGAACAACCGGGAGGACGAAGUGGAACUAGAGUCGGCUCGAUGAAGGCACUGAUCUUGGUGGGCGGUUAUGGGACGCGGCUUCGGCCGCUGACGCUGAGCACCCCGAAGCCACUGGUGGACUUCUGCAAUAAGCCCAUCUUGUUGCAUCAAGUGGAGGCACUGGCCGCGGCAGGCGUGGACCACGUGAUCCUGGCCGUGAGCUACAUGUCACAGGUGUUGGAGAAGGAAAUGAAGGCGCAGGAACAGAGGUUGGGAAUCCGAAUCUCCAUGUCCCAUGAAGAGGAGCCUUUGGGUACAGCUGGGCCCCUGGCACUGGCCCGUGACCUGCUCUCUGAGACUGCAGACCCUUUCUUCGUCCUCAAUAGUGACGUGAUCUGCGAUUUCCCUUUCCAAGCCAUGGUGCAGUUCCACCGGCACCAUGGCCAGGAGGGCUCUAUCCUGGUGACCAAGGUGGAGGAACCCUCCAAGUAUGGUGUGGUGGUGUGUGAGGCUGACACAGGUCGAAUUCACCGGUUCGUGGAGAAGCCACAGGUAUUUGUGUCCAAUAAGAUCAACGCAGGCAUGUACAUCCUGAGCCCUGCAGUGCUACAGCGCAUCCAGCUGCAGCCUACAUCCAUUGAGAAGGAGGUCUUCCCUGUUAUGGCCAAGGAGGGGCAGCUAUAUGCCAUGGAGCUGCAGGGCUUCUGGAUGGACAUUGGGCAACCCAAGGAUUUUCUCACUGGCAUGUGCCUCUUCCUGCAGUCACUGCGGCAGAAGCAGCCUGAGCGACUAUGCUCAGGCCCUGGCAUUGUAGGCAACGUGCUGGUGGACCCAAGUGCCCGCAUUGGCCAGAACUGCAGCAUUGGUCCCAACGUAAGCCUGGGUCCUGGUGUGGUAGUGGAGGAUGGUGUGUGUAUCCGGAGGUGUACAGUGCUGCGGGAUGCUCAUAUCCAUUCCCAUUCCUGGCUGGAGUCGUGCAUUGUGGGCUGGCGCUGCCGUGUGGGCCAAUGGGUUCGCAUGGAGAACGUGACAGUGCUGGGUGAGGAUGUCAUAGUUAAUGAUGAGCUGUACCUCAAUGGAGCUAGUGUGCUGCCACAUAAGUCUAUUGGCGAGUCUGUGCCAGAGCCUCGCAUCAUCAUGUGAGGAAUGCUGUGGGGCUGGCUGAGCCCUGGUUUUCCAAUUGUUAGGGGGAACACUGGCCUGAUACAUCAGAAGACCCUGGACUUGUUGCCAUUUGGGCAGGAUUGGAUGAGGCUGAAGCUGGUGGACACCUGCCUUCUCAUGUGAACAUAAUCUGGCAAAACCUCUGCUGGGCACCCUCCACAAACGCUACUCCCUCAAGAAGGGCUGGGACCAGGGCUGUGUGGAAUAAUAAUUUAAUGCUCACUGCG